UAAGCAUUUUGAAAAUGGGAGACCAUUGUACACUUAACAUUGUGUGUGGUGCAGUGUGCUGGAAAAGUGAAUGUGAUUAACUAAAAGAAUACAUUUAUGCAAAAAACCAAAUGAAAUGAGUGAUAAGACAAUCGUAAAUGUACGUUUACGCAAACGCGUAAUCAAAGUUGUUACUCGUGUCAUGUGGACGGCAGUGUUCGUAACAUUAACCUUGACGUCGUAUUAAGUUAGGUUAAGUUGUGGAUUUAAAUAGACAUUAAUUAAAGCCAACAUGGAAAAUCAAAACGGCUCAACUGUAAAAAGUAAUAAUCCUGCUCCGACAGUAGAGCAGAUCAAUGCUGAUCGAAUAACUCAGCUUGCGAAUAAAUAUUGGGCACCGCACACUACAGAUUCACACCUCCCAUUUAAUCCUCAGAUAGUAGAAGACAUUUAUGUUCAGGAAAUCUGUGCAUCUAAAUUCUCUAUUCGAAGAAUUAUGAUGCUGGAAUUCAGUCAAUAUCUAGAAAACUUUUUGUGGCCAAACUAUACAGCGAGCAAUGCAACUCGUGCUCAUACUAUGUCGAUUGUUGUGAUGGUCAAUGAGAAAUUUCGAGAACGUGUUCAAGUUUGGGAAGCAUUCGAAAGAAAUCCAGAACAUUUCCCUGAAUUCUUCCAAAAUGUUUUGGAAGCAUGCCUUGAAGACAGUAUAAUGGACUUUGACCUGAAAGAACAGACAGCCCUAAUUGUAUUUCUGAAUCAUUGCUUCAAUUCCAUGGAGGUGUCGUUAGUUAGAGAAGAAGUGAAAAGGUUGGUGUCAUUGUCUAUGUGGAUUUCGCUGCAACAAGGACGUAGAGAAUUGGAGUUUAGAAAGUAUCCAAAAUGGAGGAAAUAUUGGAAAGUUAUAAGGAAGAAAGACAAUCCUGAAUGUAAAGAGAAGCUGGAAUGGGAGCGUAAAUUUCUACAUAGAUUAAUGAUCAAGUUCAUGGCAAUAUUAGAAACAAUUACAGAAGAAGGGCCACUUUUACCAGAUAAGGUGCGGUACUGUGAAAGAUUUCUUGAACUAGUGAUAGAUUUAGAGGCUCUCCUCCCAACCAGAAGAUUUUUCAACACAGUUAUGGAUGAUUGUCACCUGGUGGUGCGGUGUCAGUUGUCUAAUCUACUAUGUCGUCCCGAAGGUGGAUUGUUUGGACAGCUGUUGGAGAUGCUGAAAUUUUAUGCCAGAUUCGAAAUCAACGAGGAAAGUGGCGAUCCUCUCACCGACCACGAUAUGACGCAGUUGCACUACACCAAGAUCACUUCGCUUCAGAAAGCUGUGUUCGCCAAGUUCCCGGACUUGCGAAGCUUCGCUUUGACCAACGUGGCGAGCGUCGACACGAGGGAGGCACUCUACAAACACUUUGGCUCUCUUAGUCGAGAGAAAUUGAGAUCCAUCGCGAGUUACCUCAGCUUGGUGCCAUCGGAGGAACGAGAGAAAGAGGAGAACUGGUACCGAUACGAUAUUCAAUUCCUUCAAGAACUUUUGAUUUCGCGGCACGAGCGUAGAGCUUCCCAAUUGGAGGAACUAAACGAAAUGCCUCUUUAUCCGACGGAAGAGAUCAUCUGGAACGAAAGUAUCGUACCGACGGAAUACUUUUCUGGCGAAGGCUGCUUAGCUCUACCGAAAUUGAAUUUGCAAUUCCUCACUCUCCACGAUUACUUGCUGAGGAAUUUCAAUCUCUUCCGGUUAGAGUCGACCUAUGAGAUACGCCAGGAUAUCGAGGAUGCUGUAAGCAGGCUGAGUCCUUGGCGAGCAGAAGAUGGCGGCGUUUACUUUGGGGGCUGGGCCAGGAUGGCACAGCCUAUCACUCAGUUUGCUGUGGUAGAAGUGGCGAAACCUAAUAUCGGUGAGAAAAGGCCAUCCAGGGUACGCGCUGACGUCUCGAUAAAUCUGAGUGUUCGGAAAGAAAUUAAAUCCGAAUGGGAAAACCUUCGAAAACACGAUGUUUGUUUUCUCAUUACAGUCAAGCCUCAAAACCCAAUUGGUACCAAAUACAGUCACAAGCUACCUUUCGUUCCACAAGUUGGCCUAACAACCGUUCGAGGAUGCGAAGUGGAAGGUAUGCUGGACUCGAAUGGUAGAGUAAUCGAGGAUGGUCCUGAACCACGACCGAUUUUACCUGGAGAUACUCGAACGUAUAGAGUCUGGCUAGAUUCCAAUCAAUAUCGAAUCGACAUGGAUAAUGCUAGUCAUGGUGGCGAUGAUGUGUACGAAGGAUUUAACAUUAUAAUGAGGCGUAAGCCAAAAGAGAAUAACUUUAAAGCGGUCCUAGAAACGAUCAGAGAGCUAAUGAAUACAGAAUGCGUUGUGCCUGAUUGGCUUCACGAUAUAAUUCUUGGGUACGGUGAUCCUGGCGCGGCUCGUUAUUCUAGAAUGCCAAACGAAAUCGCAGUAAUGGAUUUCAACGAUACGUUCCUUGACAUAGAUCACUUACGAGGCAGUUUUCCACAGUAUGAAAGUCUAGUAGCUACCGAUAAUGAACAGAAGCUAGUGCGACCUUUUCGUUUAACGUUCGAAGAUGUUCUUGCCAAGCAUGACAAUAAUCCAGCAAAGAAAGUGAUCAAGGUUGAACCACAUGUGCCACCUAGUCGAGGUCCUUAUAAAGCUAACGAACCAAAAAAAAAUCAGAUUCCCUUCACGCCAACGCAAGUCGAAGCCAUUCGUGCCGGAAUGCAACCAGGAUUGACGCUUGUUGUAGGUCCACCCGGUACUGGCAAAACGGACGUUGCCGUUCAGAUUAUUUCCAACCUUUAUCAUAACUUUCCCAAUCAGAGGACACUGAUAGUCACACACUCUAAUCAAGCACUCAAUCAGCUGUUUGAAAAGAUCAUGGCGCUCGAUAUCGAUGAAAGACAUCUGCUGCGUCUUGGUCACGGAGAAGAGGCAUUAGAAACCGAAAAAGAUUUCAGCAGAUAUGGUAGAGUUAACUAUGUUUUAGCUAAGCGAUUAGAUCUUCUAAUGGAAGUUCAAAGACUGCAGGAAUCAUUGAACGUAAAAGGUGACGUAGCAUACACUUGUGAAACAGCGGGACACUUUUUUAUGUAUCAAAUAUUGACGAGAUGGGAACGUUUCGAAUCCAGAAUUAAACAAAGGCAGGGUACAGGAAAAAAUUUACCUCCUGCUUUUAUUGUUGACGAAGAAUUCCCGUUUCAUAAAUUCUUCGAUAACGCACCGCAACCACUGUUUAAGCGCAACACGUUCGAGGAAGAUCUUGAAAUAGCGCGUAGCUGUUUUCGGUACGUAGAGAGAAUCUUUGCGCAAUUAGAAGAGUUCAGAGCUUUCGAAUUGUUACGAUCUGGAUUAGAUAGGUCAAAGUAUUUAUUAGUCAAGGAAGCAAAAGUGAUUGCUAUGACUUGUACUCAUGCUGCUCUUAAAAGACGCGAGCUCGUAGAUAUGGGUUUCAAAUAUGACAAUAUACUUAUGGAAGAAUCUGCACAAAUUUUAGAGAUAGAAACGUUUAUACCGUUGUUGCUACAGAAUCCUCAAGAUGGAUACAAUCGACUGAAACGUUGGAUAAUGAUAGGAGAUCACCACCAGUUACCUCCCGUUAUUAAGAACAUGGCCUUUCAAAAAUAUUCAAACAUGGAGCAAUCCCUUUUCGCGAGAUUCGUUCGAUUGGGAGUCCCCACGGUUGAUCUUGAUGGUCAAGGUCGUGCUAGGCCCAGUAUUUGCAAUCUUUACAAUUGGCGAUACAAGAAAUUGGGCAAUCUGACUCACGUAGAGCGCAGUCCAGAGUACCUAGUGGCGAAUGCUGGAUUUUUGUACGACUUUCAACUCAUUAAUGUCGAAGAUUUCAAUGGAGUGGGCGAAAGUGAACCUAGCGCUUACUUCUAUCAAAAUCUUGCUGAAGCCGAAUAUUGCGUGGCUGUGUUUAUGUAUAUGCGCCUCCUCGGUUACCCAGCCGAUAAGAUCAGUAUAUUGACUACUUAUAAUGGACAGAAACACUUAAUUCGAGAUGUGAUAAAUAUAAGAUGCGCUAGCAAUCCUUUAAUAGGUCGACCAAAUAAAGUAACAACAGUUGACAAAUAUCAGGGUCAACAAAAUGAUUACAUACUAUUGUCUCUCGUGAAGACACGUGCCGUGGGUCACUUGCGAGAUGCUCGACGUUUGGUGGUAGCAAUGUCAAGAGCACGUCUUGGUCUUUAUGUUUUCGCUAGAGUGUCCCUUUUCAAGAACUGUUUCGAAUUGACGCCUGCUUUCGAUCAGCUAAUGCAGCGACCACUGAAGCUGCAACUCCUUCCGCAAGAACGUUAUCCUACCGACAGACUUAACGAUGCUAUUCCAUCUGAUCCCCCAAUGGAAAUCGAAGAUAUGCCUCACAUGGCUAAGUUUGUCUACGAUUAUUAUAUGGAGAAAGUCAGUGGUAUGAAGGAAUCACAAAAGAUGUGGCAAAAGCCAGGUACAAUGACACCUGGUAGCCCAACUCAUAAAGUUCCUGCACAUCCUGGAGCGGAUGACGAUACAGAUGACGAAGAACUUAACGAAAUUAGUGAUGAACAGGGAGUCGCCAAAGAAGAAAGCGCAGAACGGAAAUUCGAACUGAUAAAAAAUUUAGUUGAGGAGCCAGCUUCAGAAAACGAAGAGAACGAUCGUUAACGAUUUAUUUGUACAUUGACAAAUGAGUAUUUUAAUAGUAAAGAGAAACUAUUCGUACACUCAAAAUACAUCCCAUUUUUAUUCAGAUCAUAUUUAUUGUACAGCAACAUGGUAUCGAAUCAUGUUAUAAUGAAAUUAAAAAAUAUUUGUAUUUUCUACUUACAAAUUACAAAUAAUGUUACAUUUAUAUAUAUUGUUUGAUAUUAACUAUCAAAUUGUAUUUCAGGUAAAAAGAUCCAUAAUUCUCUUA